CCGCUCCCGUCCCGCAGCAUUGGCCGGCUGGCGCCGCCCCGCCGCCUUCGGCCGGCUGCACGCACCCCGUUGGUGCGGCCGCUUGCCCGGAGUGCUGUGUCGCAAAGCCUGCGCAGGUCGGCGGGGCCCGAGGUGACUUCGCUCGCGCGGAGCGCGGGCACCGCUGUACUGGGUGUGCUUGCGGGGCCAAGCUGGGGCUGCAGGUCGGGGAGCUGCCGCCGACGAGAGGCCUCCCCGGACUGCGUCUUCGAUGGAGGAUGUGGCCGUCGUCUGCGAGGAGACGGCGCUUCUGACCCGCACGGCCGCCAGCCGCAGGAAGGAGGUUGAAGCCAUGAAGAGAGUACUAGAAAGUCUCAACCUGAAUAUAGUCGAGAUGGUGGAUGAAAAUGCAACCUUGGAUGGUGGAGAUGUCUUAUUUACAGGCAGAGAAUUUUUCGUGGGUCUUUCCAGGCGGACAAAUCAACGUGGUGCAGAAAUUCUGGCUGACACAUUUAAGGAUUAUGCUGUCUCCACGGUCCCUGUUCAUGAUUCUUUGCAUCUGAAGGGCUUUUGCAGCAUGGCUGGACCAAACUUGAUUGCUAUUGGAUCAAGUGAAGCUGCACAGAAAGCCCUGAAGACCAUGCAACAGAUGAGUGACCACCGCUAUGACAAGCUGACAGUGCCUGAUGAUGCCGCAGCCAACUGCAUGUACUUAAACAUUCCCAGCAAGGGCCACGUCCUGCUGCACCGAGCCCCGGAGGAGUACCCGGAGAGUGCAAAGGUAUUUGAAAAACUGAAGGACCACAUGCUGAUCCCAAUAGCCAACACAGAACUGGAGAAAGUAGAUGGGUCACUCACCUGUUGUGCUGUGCUUAUUAACAAAGCUUCAGAAUUAUGAGUUUACAGAGUCCCUCCCUUGUAACUGGCAAUAAUGUUACACACAAGGUAGACGAAUCUGUAUCCACACUUUUAUUGUUUUAAUUGACAAUCUACUGUACCACUGUGCUACUAACCCUUGUUUACAAAUUUAUUGCUUUGUGAAUUUUUCUUAUGUCUUUGCAGAUGAUAUUUAAGGUGGAUGUAGGGUUUGUUGGGGGCACAUAACUCUGGAAGUAUGUUAGUCCCAUGGGCUAGUAAAAGACAAUUAUAAUGGCUAACCCCUAGCUUUAGUGAUUUAACAUACCUGUGUGAAAAUUUUAUGAAACCCAGCUAAUUCUCAAUAUUUCAAGCACCUCUGUUAUCUUUACACUAUUCCCUUCUGUCUUCUUUUCUCUUACUUCUUUGCUCUGCGUAUUUUUUUCCUUCCUCAGUUCUCUGCUUUCAGUGGUGCAAGGUAUUGGGGGGACUGAAGAAAACUCAGUGGGCUCAUGAACUUGGUAUCUUGUGUGGUAGGGAAGCUUUCUGCAUAGUGGCUGGAACAGUGAGCACUGAACUGUGCUCACUGUCUCGGCCAUAUCACAUUGCUGCUGCUGGGCAGAGUUGUGGCUGUGGCUGGAAUCAGUUUCAGACACCAGGUACCAACUUUGGAAAAAGCUUCCAAAGUUGGA